AUGGCUGAUGUUGAGAUGAGUGAUGCGCCCGUCGCCAAAAAGGCCGAGGGCUCCAACACCAAGAGCGUUGAGGGCAAGAAGAAGUUCGAGGUUAAGAAGUGGAACGCAGUAGCUCUGUGGGCAUGGGACAUUGUGGUCGACAACUGUGCUAUCUGCCGUAAUCACAUCAUGGACCUGUGUAUCGAAUGCCAGGCAAACCAAGCAUCCGCUACUAGUGAAGAAUGCACCGUGGCCUGGGGUAUCUGCAACCAUGCAUUCCACUUCCAUUGCAUUUCGCGAUGGUUGAAGGCCCGAUCCGUUUGUCCCUUGGACAAUAGGGACUGGGAGUUCCAGAAGUACGGACGAUAG